UCGCCGGUCGCGCGGCAACAGGCCGCGUCCCGGGCUACGGCCAUGGCGGACACCGCGGCGCCGCCGGGACACCGCCUCUUCCUCAACCACCUCGACUCCUACUGCGGCCGCAAUAUCGGCGAGUAUUUAUCCACCUGUAUUGUUGGGGCGUCGCUUGGAAGCCCAGAUGAGGAAGAAGAAGAGGAGGAAGAAGAAAACGAUUCAGAUGUUGAAGUUCCCACUACCUCAGAGGAGGAUAUGUACAAAAUAGUGGGUACCCUUUCUAAACCAGGGAGUCCUAAUCCACCUUUCGCAAAGGAAAUAUAUACAGUCUCUUCUCGAGAAGCGCUCUUAAGUCACUUGCUUGAGUGUGAAAUUGUUGUAUAUAAUAUCACUGAGGAUGUAAAUCAAGUUGAGGAAGCAACGUGGGCUGCUUCUGCCCUACAUAAGGAAAUAAAUACUUUUACAAAACAAAAGGUAUUCAUCCUCCUUUCAACAAUAAUGACCUGGGGUAAUACYAAACCUAUUGAGCCUGACAAUCCUGAGAUUCCUUUUAAUGAUGAAGAUUAUCGGAAAAGAAAAUCUCAUCCUAGCUUUAUGGACUACAUAACUGCUGAAAAACUCAUUGUGAAACUUGGGAAAACUAACAAAGAUAAGUUUUCAACAUAUGUUGUUGCUGCAGGACAUCAAUAUGGAGCUGAAGAAGGACUCUUUCACUACUUUUUUAAGAUGUGUUGGCUUAGUGAGACUCCUGUAAUACCUGUUUUUGAGGAUGGAAAUAAUAUUGUUCCAACCAUUCAUGUUCGUGACUUAGCAGCAGUGUUGCAAAAUGUAGCAGACAGGAGGCCAGACUUUCAGUAUGUACUUGGAGUAGAUGCAUCAAUGCACACCCUUGAAGAAUUAGUAAAGUGUAUCAGUAAAAAUGUUGGACCAGGAAAAACUGAGAAGAUUUCUACUGAAAAUGUAUUGCUGAACAAAGAGCUAACACAAAUGCAAUUGGAUAUGUUGCUUGUGAACCUACGAAUGGAGCAUACGUAUGUGAAAGACAGUUUCAAGAUCAAGUGGGUUGCUGAGGCAGGACUGGUAGAGAACAUUGAACAAGUCGUCAUGGAAUACAAGCAAACUCGAGGGUUACUGCCUCUCAAAAUUUACAUUCAUGGUCCUCCUGGGUCUGGCAAAUCUACCAUUUCUAAGGAGCUCUGCAAACACUACAAGCUACAUUACGUAGGGAUAAAGGAUGUGAUUUCUGAAAGAAUUGCGAAACUGGAGGAAAUUGUGGCUAAAGAACCUGACACUGAGGGAGGAGAAGAAGUAGAAGGAGAAGAUGAUGUAGAGGAGCAGGGUGAAAAUGUAGAAGCAGCAAGGGAGUUAUUAGAUGAAAUCAAAGAAAACAUGAAGCAGAAUGCAGGUCAUCUUGGUAAUGAGCUUCUUAUUAAACUUAUGAAGGAUAAGCUCAUGUCUAUGCCUUGUAGGAAUCAGGGCUAUGUUUUAGAUGGGUUCCCAGAGACCUAUGAACAGGCAAGGGAUCUUUUUAAAGUGGAAGAGGAAGAAGGAGAAGAAGCAGAAGGAGAAACAAAAAGCAAAAUGCCUAAAUUUAAUAAAAUAAUCAUACCUGAAUUUAUUUUUUCUUUGACUGCAUCUGAUGAAUUCCUUAUAAACAGAAUAAUGAAUCUGCCAGAGAGUGUUGUUACUGGAACUCAUUAUACUGAGGACCAGUUCCUGAAAAGUCUGAAACACUUCCACAAGUUAAACACCGAUGAUACAACUGUUCUCAACUAUUUUGAUGAACUUGAAAUACAUCCUCAGUUUAUUGAUGUAGCUGUAUAUGAAGAUUCUGAGAACAGACUUACUGUACCAAAGAUCAUCAAAGAAGUUGGAGAAUCUCGGAAUUAUGGCUUGACAGAUGAAGAAAAGGAGGCUUUGGAACGCCAAGCCGCUGAGGAACACCUUAUCAAAAAAGCUCAAGAAAAAGCUGAACAAGAGCGUAAAGAAGCUGAGGAAAGGGCUGAAAGAAUGGCAAGAUGGGAGGAGUGGAAUAAACAGCUGGAGGAAGUGAAGAAACAAGAACAAGAAUUAUUGGAGGCCCAGUCUAUUCCACUACGUAACUAUUUAAUGAAGAAUGUCAUGCCAACACUUAUGCAAGGGAUAAAUGAAUGCUGUAGGUUCAGGCCAGAUGAUCCAGUCAAUUUUCUGGCAGAAUAUCUCUUUAAGAACAGUCCUGAUAUCGACUGGAAUAAACGUUAAAUCCUAGCAGCAAUAGGAAUUGUGAAACAAAAAGGGAGAAAAUUCCUAAUACAUUUUAGACAAAAAUACUUAGUUUCUGAUUUUUUUGUUUGUUUAGGUUUAUGGUGUAAUCUUCAUUUUUAUUUCUCAUACUUUAUUACUAUCUUGUACUGGGUUUUUAAUAUUUUUUUCUAUAACAUUUCCAUUUGCUGCAUAUAUUGAUUGCAACAUUUACAGGCUUGUAUUUCAAAUGUCUAUUGGAAACUACAAACCAUAAAAAUUCUGUUCUCUGUGCAAAACCUUCUUCCUGGAUUURUUUUCAGCUAUACUUUCUAUGUAAGCAGUAUGUUAUUUUCCUAAUCCUUAGUGAAUGCAGACAGCUAGCCUGAAAAAAAACUUUUAUCCAAAAAAAAAGGAAAAAAAAAGAAUAAGAAAGGUAUUUUUAUUGAAAAUGGAAAUAAAUAGAAGCAGCAAGAUCUCUUAYUUCCUCUCUCAGCUACCAAGAGGCAAAAAGUCACACAAUAUAGUCUUCUUGUGCUGCACUGAAGAUUGCCUAGUAAACAGUUUCCCAGCAGAGGUAUACGGUGUUUUCCGUUGGUAUCGAACACAUGGCUGUAGAUCACAUUUAAUAAUCUUCAGCAUUCAACACUAGAUACAUAUUUUUUAGAGAUUCUUGAAGAAUCUAGACUUUCCAGCACACGGCUGUCAUUCUCAAUUUUAUUGACUUCAUCCAGCUCUCACAGGAACCGUAUACUUGGUGUAAAACAAGUACAGGAUUUUGUCAAAACAGAAAGCAAGGAUCCUUUUUGCAAAAGGAGGGGCCAAAAAAAAAGGAAGAACUGUAAGAAUAGUGAUGAACAUUUGACAGCUACUUUAYCUUUGAGUAUCAGAACUUUAGAUUUGUUAAAGCCCAAUGUUUUUAUUCAGAUGUGUUAGUAUUUUUACAGAGAAAGUCUUAUUUCCUCUGUUUUAAUAGAGUCAGAGACAAGUUGACAAUAGAACCAUCAUCUCCCACUCUAAAGAAACAUAUUUUUGGGAUGUAUAUGACAGCAUAUAUGACAGCCCAAAGAACCAAACUGUGAGGCAGUUGAAGUUGAAAUAAUCGGUAGGUUUAGACAAUUUUUCAGUUUGAAAGGGCUAUUUUUUAGAGUCAAGAUGAAAAGUGGACACUUAAAAAGAGAGCGUAAACCAGGUUUUCUCUACAGUUACUGUAAUGUGCUUUCCUAAUAAUAAAAUUUUGA